UACACUUGGAAGAGAGAGAUUAUCACUAACGGACAGGAGGAUUUAUAACGAGGAGGAAGGUCCGCGGCGUUCAGUAGUCAAGAGGCAGGCGUGCUUCGUCAAGCACCGAAAUAGACCUACGAAUAGGCACAAUCGGAAACUGAAUUCGCAGCUACGGAGACUUGGGAAAGCUGAUAAAAGAGGGAAAGAAGGCUUAAAAAGAGGCGUCAUGGCAAAAUUGACAGUCUUUCAUAGGGCCAUCGACAAGCUCUGCUGCACGGGGCUUAAUCAGCCUCAAAAGAUUCUGGCGUACAAGGCUUUGAUCUUAACCCUGACGUUCUUCGUUUACUGCUCCUACCACAUCAACCGGAAACCCACCUCCGUGGUCAAGAACGUCCUUAACCGAAACUGCACCGGAUUGAUCCCCCCCAAAAAAUAUCUCCGUGGAGAUGACCCCUACUGGUGUGACUGGAAGCCAUUUGAUACCGAUGACUCCUCCACACUUCUCGGAUUUGUCGAUUCUUCCUUCCUGUUCGCCUACGCCUUCGGUAUCUUCGUCAGCGGCGCCAUCGCCGAGCGCAUGGAUCUUCGAAUCUUCCUUGGCGUCGGGAUGUUGCUCUCCGGAUGUUUCAACGUGAUGUUUGGCCUCGGGUACACAUUCGGCAUCCAUCAGCUCUGGUACUUCCUCCUAGCUCAGAUCCUCAGCGGUUUGGCCCAAUCAACAGGUUGGCCAGGUGUGGUGGCGGCUGUUGGAAAGUGGUACGGGAAAUCAAGCAGAGGCUUCAUCUUCGGAGUGUGGAACUCCCACGUCUCCAUCGGAAACAUCCUGGGGACGCUGAUAGCCGCCGCCUUCGUCGACUCCACCUGGUCCAUGUCCUUCGUCGUGCCCGGCAUCAUUAUCGCCCUCAUCGGCGUCAUCGUCCUCUUCGUCAUGGUACCCGAACCCGCGCUCCUCGGGUUGCCCGACCCCAAUGAUGACGAUGGGGAGUCCUCUCUGUCCUCCUCCUCCGCCUCCACGAUCUCCUACAUCGGCAAGGAAAAGGAAGUGGAGAUCAAGAAGGUCCCCGAAGUUGCGUGCGAAGAGAGGGCCAUUUCCAUCAUCGGUGCUCUCCGCAUUCCCGGCGUCAUCGAAUUCCUGUGCCUCUUCUUCGCCAAGUUGGUCUCCUACACCUUCCUAUACUGGCUGCCAAAUUACAUUAAGUACAGCACGACGUUCGGAGCUUCCGAAAGCGCCAACCUCUCGACGUUAUUCGACGUGGGCGGGAUAAUCGGCGGUAUCCUGGCCGGUCUCCUCAAGGACUUCACUGGGAGACCCGCCACCACCUGCGUCGGGAUGCUCCUAAUCGCCGUCCCUAUGCUCUUCGUGUACUACAACUACGCAUACAUAUCGUUUGGACUGAUCGUCUUCCUCCUGAUCUUGCUUGGGGUGCUGGUCAACGGCCCCUACAGCCUCAUCACCACAGCCGUAUCUGCUGAUCUCGGGACUCACGAAUCUCUGAAGGGAAACGCCAAGGCUCUGGCGACCGUUGCUGCCAUUAUCGACGGCACAGGAUCUAUAGGAGCUGCUGUCGGGCCACUCUUAGCAGGAACCAUAUCCGAAAUAGACUGGGGCUACGUCUUCUAUAUGCUGAUGGCCUCUGACGUUUUGGCUCUUCUUCUAUUACUGAGGUUGGUUGUCCGAGAAACACAGGAGUUUCUGCGAAACCGUUGCACACGACAUCAUUCUCCAGUUUGAUCUGUAACGAACUUCCAGGGAACUCCACUGCUAUUGUUCGUCUACACAAAAAAUUUGAGAGAAAGAUACAAAAAAUAUAUAUACUAUAUUAGAAUGCCCCAUGUUCAAAUUGUGUUCAACAGUUCGACUAUAGGCCUACAUGGCAGGCUCUAUAGGCAGCCGCCAGGAAUUUCUGCUGUCGUUACCAAAUCUUACUGAGCAAGAUUGCGUCUUCCGUUCGCUGUUGUCUAUGAGAACUUGGUUGGGAAAAGCGAGGAAAAGGAUUAGAAAUCAAAACGUUAAUGGAAGUAAUUGUUGAUAUGAUGGUGGCAUGAAAAGUCUUGCAAACAAUGAAUCUACAGCAAAAAAUCUCGUUGUAAUACUAAUCUCCAAUUCACCACUGCUAUGACAACAGAACAUCAGGCCUAUGAAGGACUUGGGAUCCAUGAUUUGUUUUGUUUUGUUUGUAUAGUGUUUUUACGUUGCAUGGAACCAGCGGUUAUUCAGCAACGGGACCAACGGCUUUACGUGACUUCCGAACACGUCGAGAUUCGUGAGCUCUCACCAGAAAUACAUAUCUCUUACCCCUCAAUGGAAUGCCUGAGAAUCGAACUCGCGGCCACCGUGAGGGCAGGCCAAGACCAUACCGAUCACGCCACCGUGAUCUAUGAUGUAGAUUCAUUUUACUUUUGAGAGUUGUGAAAGGUGUGCCCUGGACGACAUAGUCUGUAGCUGACUUUUUCCGGAAAGCCUUCUUAAUUUAUGAAUCAUCUUUAGGUUUUAGAGUUUAUAUUAUCACGUCAUCCGAUCUUGCUGUUCACUGUUUAAUCCCACUCAUUAUUUUCCAAGUUGUGCAGGUCCGGUUGAUUUUGUUAUGCAGGAAGCGCUAUAGUUCCAUAAACACAGCUGUAAACAUCACUUGUUGUGACUGAACGUCAGCUUCAUAAAAGCGCGUGUCUCAUCAAACAGCAACAUAUGGAUAUAUUCAUCAGUCUGUUAGUAGUCGCCUUAAUUAACCUAGCUUCGUUCUCUAUGUAAUUUUUCAUGAGGAUAUCGUGAAGUCUGUUGUUAUCAAGCUGGAAAGAAUCCAUUUUGCUUUUCAGACUUGUCUUGUGAUAUCAUUUAGAUUUUAUGCAGUUGAUUACUUUAUGCAAGUGCACAAGUUCUGCUGAAUGUAUGUAAGUUGUGUCAAAGUAUUUCAUUCACGUUAACUCAGGCUUUACCCAAGAGGAAAUCUUUAUAUUUUAUUUUUAUUAUAUUUAUUUAUCGAAUGUGUAUGUAUAUGUGCCAGCACAUAUAUCUAUGAGUAUGAGUGUUUUUGUACGUUAGGCUCGAAUGAUUUCAUAUUAGAUAUAUAGAGAUUUUUCAACCGUUUUUGGACUUUAUAUUAAAGUUAUAAAAACUGUUAUUUUA